GGCUAACCAGUAGCUGCUGCCACCGCUUGCUGUCGUAAUGUUAGAAAGCCGAGCUGGGACGGACUGCCGUGGGAAGGCGGUGGCUUGCGCUACUCUUGCUAAAACAUUUGGAUAAGGCUUGUGUUUCAUCAUGCGGCGAGGGGAGCACGUUCCACAGGCUUUUCAGGCCCCAGUGGACGUCCAUGCUAGUGCAGAUGGCCAGGUGUAUAUGUUCAAGAGGAGGCCGAAUGAGUCGGCUGCAUCCUCCGACGACGAGGAGCUCAACAUCAUGGAGAUGAGGCCGCGAAUUUUCCGAGAGCAGGAGCAGGACAGACUGAGGAAUGUCCAGCUGCUGGAGCGUAAGGUGUUAGAUGGUGACAAUCUUAACAAGCUUGCACUACAAUAUGGCUGUAAGGUGGCAGACAUAAAACGGGUAAACAACCUCAUGCAGGAACAAGAUUUAUUUGCGCUGACAUCCAUCAAAAUACCAGUUCAGAAACACAGCCUUUUAACAGAGACUUACACAGACCUAAGUGACCCUCAAGAAGAGAUGCCACAUUCAUCUACCACCAGAGUGAAGCCUCAUGACAGAGCCAGAGCCCAACCGCAUCUACAGGAGGUCACAGAAUUUCUAAUGGAGGUGGAUAAUGAUAUUGAGAAACUGAUACAGACAACGAAUGAUCAAGACGAGGAUUUCUUGGAUAACUCAGAAAAAGAGCAAAGGUUUGGUUUCAGAGGACAGGGCCUGGCCAGUCAUGGUGCAGACUGGGGAAUCCAGUGGUGGAAUGCUGUCGUUGCCAUGCUCCUGAUAGGCAUCGUCCUGCCAUUAUUUUAUGUAAUUUAUUUCAAAACAAAAGAUAACUCACCAAUAGAGGGUAGUGAUUCUUUACAUUCAUCCGUCACCUCUUCUAACAACUCGGGGACGGGCCUCACUGCAAGAGGACCUGAGAAUUCUCAAGAACCAGGAUAGUGCAGACUUGAAUUUCAGAGAACCAGCAAUCAUUUUAUUAAGUCUGUUGGGUUAGAUGGUCUCAGAAGUAUGUGACAAUCAAGAUAAAGCCAAAUCCCUUAAAGUGUUAGCUCUGUGCAAUACCACUAUGUGUCUAUUUCAUACCGGUGAAUUUUACCUUAUACUAUAACUGUGAUGGUUGAUGCAGACACUUCUGUGGUUGCAUUGAAGAUUGAAGUGAAGUAGCUGCACACUGUAUUGAUUUUGUGACAGCGUAGGGCACCAGGAUUUCAUACAGCUUUUGCAGUGUACAGUUUUCUGAAAUAUUACUCUUGGUACAGUGGAUUUCUGAUCCUGUUUUCUUUGCAAAACCUCUUGAUGUUUGUUAGAAUCACAGUUCUUCAGGUGCUCCUCACAUGGCACAAAAAAAAAAAAAUUGAAAAAAGGUGCUUUUGUUUAGGCUUCAUCAUGACCUGCCCUUCUGCCACUGUCA